UUCCGUAACCACUGGCCCAGAACCUUUUCUCUACAACUCUGGAAAUUGGCAGCAAUGGCGUACGUCGAACGAGGUGUUGUGAAAUCCAAGAAAUCCUUAUGGCGACUGAAGACAUUCACAGACUUCUUUUGGGCUAUCAUCAACUUGAUUUCUGUGUUCUUCGCUACCAUGUUUUCAAUGGAAAAAUCAGAUGCUUACCGAAAAGGAUCUGGUGGUAGCAAGAAAUGGGACGGCGGAGGACCUGGAGGUCCUGGAAGUGGACCAUAUGGUGGUGGGCCGGGUGGACCGCCGAGAGGAGGACUUGACAACGUUCGAGGACUGAGGGACGUUCGUGGUGGUGAUCACAGUUCCUUGCCUGCUUGUGGCUCGUGCUGCGGCUAGAUGGAGACUCCGAUUUCUGGUGAAUGCUUCCUUCUUGUUCAUCUUCAGGUUGCAGAAUGUAACGUACUCUACUAGGGUGGAGCGACAUGUAUAGAACUCUGAAGAUAUAUACUCGGCCUGUCUGUUUGAAUGUAAAAGUUCUUAUUUUUCGGCAUAACUACUUAUCCAUCUGAACAACUUAAUAACUAGCUUCCUUUGUACUUGUUUGUUUUGUAUGUGGAGAACCAUCGGAAUCUCUUGGACCCUGACAAACAAGUGACCUGUGUAAUUUGAUUCAGUAUUUUCGGUUAACGACGUGGCCUACUGAAUGAACCUUUACAACUUGCAAGGUAGCCAUUGAUUGCAGAGUACUUCAGAUUUAGGCCAAGACAUUGCCAUGCCAUCAUGUCAUGGUUGACGCCCGCUUGAUCAUUCCAUGUUCGCCAUGGUUUCAUUUGACCAUAAUUCGAAUCCUAUGAUAAGGUAAGCGAUGUUAAAAUUAUACUAUCUUAAUUUUAAUCUGUAUUAUAGUCUAUUUGACACCAACCCGACAAUUAUAACAACGUGACCAGUGCCAUACUAUCUCGAUUCUAGUCUCCAUGGCCGUGUAUUCGACACCAACCUGACAACUAUAACAAGAUGACCAGUGCCCGCCAGUACAACCACUCUUCAUCAUGUGUAGUGGAUGUCAUCCUUGAUAAUGAGUGAUUGACAAUUAAUCUCACCACGUAUAAAAGGACGAGUAGUCAGAGACGUCUGUUUCAAUAAAAAAUCAAAAGUCAGGGACGACGUACUUAAGAACCAACGGUAUGACAGUCUAUGCCAACCAAAUCACUCCCUUAGUGGAUGUUGAUCAUCGUUGAACGCUAGUGAGUGAGAAUCCGGCCACCACACAAAGGCUUCCCGGCCCAUAAUUUAGAGGUUUGCUAUAUCUCUUUUGUCUAGUAACUUGAUUGCGUUAUAUCUUCAAGCGUUUCGUCGGGCAAAAUAAAUGAUCUCCUCACGAUCACACGAAGAGGACGAGAAGAAUAAGCACACAAAUAUCGAAUUCCAAAACUUCGAAAUCAAUAAAAACUGUAAGGAAGG